AUGGCAGCCAAAGUUAAAUAUGUUCUUUCUAUUGACGGUGGAGGCAUCCGAGGUCUAAUUCCAGCAAUGGUACUUGAAGAAGUUGAAAAACGAGUGACGGAUAAAGUAAAGACUAAAGCUCAAGAAACUUUACCUAAAGAUGGACUUAUCAGAAUCGCUGAUUUGUUUGAUUUUGUGGCUGGCACGUCAACAGGAUCAAUACUUGCUUUGGGACUUACUGUCAAUGACGAAAAAACCUCUAGACCUAAAUACGAAGCUAAAGACCUUAGAGAACUCUAUGAAACCAGGGGAGAGGAAAUUUUCGACAAAACACUGGCAACGAAAAUUUUUUCAAUAGUAGGUAAAUACGGUGAUUUACUUUUGAAUGGUGCUGCGAAAUAUAACAAUGAAAAUUUAAUAAAAAUUUUGGAUGAGCACUUUGGGGAGGCGAAACUCAACAGUGACAUUGUAAAUAAUAUAAAAGUACUUGUUCCAUCUUAUGAUAUCACUAUAAAUGAACGCCAUUAUUUUAAAAACUAUGGUUCAACUAAAAAUUCAGUAAAGUUAAAAGAUGCAGUUCAGGCUAGUUCAGCUGCGCCUAGUUACUUUAGAGCAAAAAAACUAGAUGAUGAUUUUUAUGUGGACGGUGGCGUUUUCAUGAAUAAUCCAGCAUUACGAGCUUAUACCGAUUCAGUAAUGUUAUUUAAAGGUUCUAAAAUCGUUGUAUGUUCUCUUGGAACGGGAUUCUAUAAAGAAGCAACUAUAGCCUGGUUGGAAAAUGCUGGAACGUUAAAAGUUGCAGAACCGAUAGUUGCUCUUUUUAUGCACCAACAAACUGCAUCGACCGAUUAUAAUAUGAUAGAUCAACAAAAGAUAAGUGACGGAAAAUUAACUUACCAUCGGUUUCAAGAGAAAUUUGAAAAAGAUAUUGGUCUAGAUUCAACUGAUAGUGGCGCCGAUUUAAAAAGUGCAGCUAAGCGUAUAAUCGGUGAUGAGGGUUAUAUGGAUAACGGCAAAACCGUUACGAGGGAGUGGUUAGAAAAAAGGGCUAAUUAUUUGAAUAUAGAUAUCAACUCUGAUCUAAGUGAUAAGGAGAUAGAUGAGUUGAUAAAAGCGAAAAGGAAAGAAACAUUUAAUAAAUUUGUAGAAGAGCUUUCUGAUAAUUAUAUCAGUAAAUUUCCUAACACGAAAUUAUAA